AGCCUCCCAGCAGGGACAAACCCUUCAAGUGCUUGGAAUGUGGGAAGAGCUUCAGGACCAGCGGCAACCUCCGCAGCCACCAGCGCAUGCACACCGGGGAACGGCCCUACACGUGUGGGGAAUGUGGAAAGAGCUUCACUGAGAGCUCCAGCCUCCACAUCCACCAGCGCAUCCACACCGGGGAGAGGCCCUACUCGUGUGGGGAGUGUGGGAAGAGCUUCACUAACAGCUCCCACCUCCACGUCCACCAGCGCUCCCACCUCCCCACCCACGCCGGGGAACGGCCCUACAAGUGCUGGCAAUGUGGGGCCAGGUUUCAGACCAGCUCAACUCUCCUUGAGCAUGAGCGGACACACACGGAUGAGAGGCCCUUCUGCUGCACCGACUGUGGGAAGGCCUUCAACCGGAAGUCCCACCUCGUCACCCACCAGCGCAUCCACAGCGAGGAAAGGCCCUUCAAGUGUGGGGAGUGUGGGAAGAGCUACACCCAGAAGUCUGGCUUGAUCAGACACCAACAGACCAGACACCAACAGACCCACCAGUAA